CGUAGCAGAGAAGCGCUUGCGCAGUUGCGUUGGAUUUUCAAGUGGACGCGGUCGAAUGGGCCCGUACUGUUUAGAACGGUGGUAACUGAUGUGAGCUGCAGAAAAAGUUCGGUUAAACACUUGCCCGUAAAACGUUGAUCUUUGAAUAGUAGUUAUGGAGGCGCCCCCAGUCACCGUGCUUCCUGUUUCAGGGGGCACAAUCAACAUGAUGGAGUACCUGCUGCAGGGGAGUGUUUUAGACCAGUCCCUGGAAAGUUUGCUGCAUCGACUGCGCGGACUCUGUGACAACAUGGAGCCCGACACGUUUGUGGACCAUGAGAUGGUGUUCCUGUUGAAAGGCCAGCAGGGGAGCCCCUUUAUUCUGAGAGCUCGACACUCGCUGGACCGGCCCAAUGCCCCAUGGCACCUGCGAUACUUGGGACAGCCAGAAGUUGGUGAUAAAAGCCGUCACGCUUUGGUACGUAACUGUGUAGACGUGGCAGUCUCCCACAACUUGACGGAAUUCCUGUCGGAAAUGGGCUUUCGCAUGGACCACGAGUUUGUGGCUAAAGGUCACAUUUUUCGAAAAGGAGCCCUGAAAGUAGUGGUUUGCAAGCUGUACCGCCUGCUUCUGCCAGGGAACACGGAGAGUACGGAGAAUCUCUCCUUAUCCAACCUUGUGGAACUAAGUAUGUUAGCCCCUGCUGGGCAGGACACCGUCUCAGAUGACAUGAGGAACUUUGCUGAGCAACUUAAACCACUGGUUCACCUGGAGAAGAUUGACCCCAAGAGACUGAUGUAACAGCAUCUGUUUGCACAAGUGGAAACAGAUGACCAUUUUCUUAAAGCAAACCGCAGAAUGAUGAUGAUGAUGAUGAUGUAACAGAAAAUGGUGUAUCAUGACAAAUGUCUCUCCGUGCAAUGCAGAAGAAUGUUUUUGUGUGUGUAUGUAUCUGCUGUAUUUUCAACUUGAUUUAAAUGCAAAAAAAACAUUUUUGGUUCUGUUCAUUGAUUAAUUUUCAUUUUUGUAAUAUAUGAUGAAUGAAUGUUGCCAUUCUUUAAGUACAGUCACACUUAAACCAUAGAAUGUAACUGUAGCUGAAAAAUAUAAUAAUGUUCUUGAAUCUAAAUAUACCAGUUCACUACACUCUGAUGAUAAAUAUAUUACGACUGAAGGGCUAAUGUUAAAUUUAAAUAUUAACUGUCUUGAGUUUUCAGAAAGUGUGCAUUCUCAACCUUCUUUCUUCAUUUUGCAGGAUUAAAGGACUUGUAAUUUCGUAUUCAUAUGAUGACAUUAUAGAAAAUUUAAAAAUUGCUGUAUGCUGGUAACGUUAAAUAGCAGUAAACGGUAUUCAGUAUUUACUAAAUCAUAUAGUAUUUGAAGUGUCAAGCCUACCUGUUGCACAUGUUUUAUUUUUACAAACAACUCUCUCUGAAUAUUUUCUCUAUGUAAAUUUUCUGAUUCUGUGCAGAAGACAAUUAUGCUACAAUUAGUAGAUCGGGGAAAUGAAAAAUAAAAAACAUUCAAUCUU